AUGGCAACACUGAAGGCGACAGACCCAACUCUCAAAUCCGAUGAUCCCACAACCGAGGGUACCAAUUCUGAGGAUCCAAAGCCUGAGGAUCCAGAGUCAGAGAACCCCCCGGCCGAGGAAAUGAAGCCAGAGGAUCCCAAGCCUGAGAGCCCCCAGACCGAGGAAAUAAAGCCUGAGGAAGAGGAGGGCCAGGGCCUGCACGCAGCCACUAUGCCGAAAAUACCGUCCCUGCCAACCGCUGUGGCAUCAGAUCGCUGGCAGACCAAUCUUGAGACUCUCCUACGCUUCCCAGGCAUGAUCGCCCUUGCGCUGGGUGUCACCGACUCAGCCUACACAAUCAUUGAGUCUUCCUGGGUUAAGAUCGCCGAGCGAGUCUUCGAAAUACAGACUUGCUGUCUCAUGCAUGCCAAACACAUCACUUUCGAUAUCGCUGCAGACGGAUGGGUUACCUGGGACAUUACUGCCGAGUGGUACGACCGCGUCCUGCAAGAUCUCCAGGGCAAGGGGUUCCGCACUACUUGUACGGCCAUGAUCGCUUUUGUGGCGAGAUUUUACUUGCAGUCUUCGUCUUGGAUCAGGUUUUCCCGAUCCAGAGGCAGGCAGAGGCAUAAGCGAAUCAUGAACGGUCUUAAACCCGAUCCCAGUGCUGCACUGAUCACGCGUUGCUCUUCGCUGGCCAAGGGCUUCACCAACAUCGUUAUGCAGUCCAGGAGGCGCGCAAUCAAGCGGGCAGAGAAACAGCAUCCGUAG